CCCAAAAGGAACAGGAAGAGCUCGGCCACAAAAACCCCGGCGCCUCCUCCGCAGCGGUGACAGGGACCCGGUGGCACUGCCGGGGUGGCACUGCCCGGGUGGCACUGCGGGACAUGGCCGGGGGCCGGCUGUGGCUGCUGCUGGCGCUGCUGGCCGGGCAAUGGGCACGGCCGGGCCGGGCCGGGCAGUGCCGGGACUGGGAGCUCCGGGAGCUGUGGGGAGGUGGCACCAAGUGCUGCCCCAAGUGCACCUGGAAGGCAGGAAACCCCGCGCCCUGCCAGGCGGCGCAGGACCCCGACUGCAAAUGUCCCCCGGGGCACGGCUGCUCCGGAGAGCCCUGCCUGUUCUGCAGGAAACUGCCCGAGUGCCCGCCCGGCCGGGAGCCCAGCAGGAUCGGACCUGUGAAUUUCCGCUUCGAGUGCAAACCCUGUGAGAACGGCUCCUACUCCAGCAGCAGGAACAGCCGGUGCCGCAACUGGACCGACUGUGAGAGCAGCGGCUUCUUCACGCUCAGGGAGGGGAACAGCACCCACAACUCCUUGUGCAGCCUGCCCGUCAGAGCGCUGGAGCCAGCGGGCUCCGCCCCGGGGCUCCCCCGCAGCCCGCUCCUGGCCGCGCUGGCGGUCGCGGCCGCGGCCGCGCUGCUGCUGCUGACGCUGCUGCUGCACCUCUGCGUCUGGAGCCUGCGCAGGGAGCGCCGAGCGCGGCCCGGGGAUCCCGGCGCCGCCUUCCCGCGGCCGCCGCAGCGCCCGCCGCCCCCGCGGGAGGAAUCCUACAGCAUCCAGUUCCCCGAGGAGGAGCACGGCGACAAGAGCGACGAGAGGCUGUCCGCGCUGUCCCUCAAGGUGUACAGCGAGCUCCGCUAGCGAGCCGAGCCGAGCCCAGCGGGGGCCGGGCCGGGCCGGGCUGCGGCGGGAGCGGCGGCGCCGCUGCCCCGGGACACGAGCGGAGCCAGCGCGAGUUCGGGUUUGGUCUUCCCUAAAAAAAAAAAAAAAAAAAAAGAGUGGAAUUUAGGGAUGAAUCCUGCUGGGAUUGGUUCAGGAGGACAGGAGCGG